AUGGUUUUCGACUUGAUGGUAAUAGAAGAUGAGAUCGAGUUUGAGUACAAUGAGAAGAGCGAAAAGGGACCAAGCAAAUGGGGUGAUCUCAAUAAAGAAUGGGAAACAUGCAAGAACGGCACGAUUCAAUCUCCUAUUGAUUUGUUCCCUGAUAGAUUAACAAUUGUUCGAAACCGACAACAUUGGGAAAUGAAUUACAUCUCUACUCAAGCAACUCUCAAUAACAGCGGCCAUGAUAUUUCCCUUCAUUGGGUGUUUGGCGAGGCUGGAUCAAUCAAAAUCAACGGCACAGAAUUCUUCCUCAAACAAACACAUUGGCAUAUUCCCUCCGAGCACACCAUCAAUGGCAUAAGGUACGAUAUGGAGAUGCAUAUGGUUCAUAUAUCGACCGAUAAGAAGAUAGCCGUUAUAGGGAUUUUUUACAAAUUAGGUUUUACAGAUCCUUUUCUAUAUCAGGUGAUGAAGAGGGCCUCGAAUAUAUCAGAAAAAGGGACGGGUAAAAACAUUGGAAUAAUUAACCCUAAUUUGAUUAACAUUUGGAAAAGACACAUGCAUUACAGGUAUAUUGGCUCACUUACAACUCCUCCUUGCACUGAAGGUGUAAUUUGGACCAUUAAGAGAAGGGUUAGGACAGUAUCGGAUAAACAAAUUGAAUUAUUGCGAGGAGCAGUGCAAGAGUAUGCAAGGAUGAAUGCUAGGCCUAUACAAGCUUUGAAUGAGAGGGACAUCAAGCUUUAUGUAUAUUAG